AUGCCAACCAUUGAAGAAUAUAUUGAAGACAGAAGCAGACAAGGAUAUGACACCAGAACGGAACCAGAUUCUAGCAAAGCAUCUCCCAAUCCGUGGAAACCACCCCGAAAUAUUUCUGAAGUCAGAGACCAAAUGGAGGAGGUAUAUGGAGAACCUUCCAAGGGCAUGAUCAUUCUAGGCGAAGGAACGAACACCGCCUUGUCAUUUGGCAAUAAUGUCCUGAAAAACAAAACGAAGAGGGGGAAUCAUGGAACGAAGAACAACAGAGCCAAUUAA